AUGCCGACCUCAGUAGAAGGAAGGUAUGGCUAUGUUCGCUACUGGUUAAAGGGAAUUGUUGACCGCCCAUGGAGAUUUGAUAUCACUACCAAAGCAGCUUUCACUAUGUUGGAAUAUGUGGACAUCAAUACACCUCUGCUUUUAGUAAGUUUUAAUUAACGUCAUGAUCUUUCCCUGGCAAAUCAAAUACAAUGUAUUGGGUCGGUGCUUACUCUUACAAAGCUUUAUUCCUCUAUCAGAAAAAAAAAAGAGAGAGGAAAUCUGAAAACAUUAAUUACCAUUAGUUAUUCGUAACUUUUUUAAGAGGACCUAGGAAAACUGGCAGACAUAUUUUGGUUGACUUACUUUUAAUAAAUGUGAUUUGGGAUAGAAAUUGGUUUUGAAAAAUACAAGUAUCUUUGAUCGUUGUAAUUUGCAACAUGUUUGAAUUUUUCAGUAUACAUGAACAUGGUGGUGUAGCUGUAGUUGUAGCCUAUUCUGUAUAGUCAGAAACUCUUAUGAGUUCCUGGUAUAGUAUAAUGAAGGUAUAUUAAAAUAAUGAACAAAGUAUUAGCAUCAUGAGGUACUGUAAAAACGGGCAAGGUCCCUUUAAUAGUGCACGUGCCCGCUAUACAGGGUUGGACAUUGGUGCUCGCCCGCCCACCCAGGCAAGUUCCAAAAUGGUCGGGCAAGUACAAAUCAAGAAUCACAUGCCCAGUUUGGCAAGUAUGGUGUUCAUACUGGCACAAUACGUUAAUUCAAAAUUAACGUCACUUUUCACUUUCCACUUGAAAAUAAUCUGCGUCUGUCCUUUAGCCAGAAGCUUACCACUCUGAAAUGUCCAUCAAGAACAGGUUCAAUUGAACACACAAAAUGCUCUCGGCUUUGAUGAUUGCUACAUGAAGAAUGCACACUUGUACAAGGUACCAGUAAUACCUCUGGUCAUUAAAUACACUGCAUCGUCCACAGAACCGCAAAAUGCGGGAAAAUAGAAAGAUUGGAGAGAGCAUCACGUUUAUGUCAAAUGGCAAACAUGAAUUUGUACCACGUGACCAAGUUUCCCCUUUACUUAUUGUUGUUUCCUGUUAAUUAUUUCUACACGUAAAUAAGUAGUUUCACGCAAUUUUUUAUCCAUAAUGAUUGUUUGGAGCUGUUUUUAUCUGCUCAUUUUCUAUUUUGAGCAAUUCUCAAUGUGAAUCUGACUUUUGCUGUUUGCAGUAUAUGUGAAGCUUAAACUCUCCAUUAAGAGUCAGAGAUUUGUGGCAUAGCAGCAAACGUCAGAAUGAAGUUGAGAAUUUUUCAUAAAAGAAAAUAAUAAGAUAAAAACUAUCUAGAACAAUUCUUGUGGAUAAAACUGGCGUGAAACUACGUAUUUUUGAGUUAGAAGUAAUAAACAGUAAACGAUAAUUAAGAACUCAAGAAAACUGAGAAAUGUCCAAGUUUGCACACAGUAGCAAAAAUUGUGAAAAAUUGGAGAAACUGCAGUUUUUGCUAAAAUUACUAAAUUCAAGUGCAUGAAAAACUGCAAUUUUUGCUGCUGUGUGCAAACCUGCAUAGACAUAAGUGGGAAAACUUGGCUCACAGUACAGAUUCACGUUUCCUGUUUGGCAUAAAUAUGACUCUUAAUCGAUCUAAUGGCUCUAUCUUACCGCUGCCUUUAAUUUAUAAUUUUGACACUUUGCUUGAGUAUGGUGUUGUUUCUUUUUUGUUUAUUAAGGUCUGUUUCAGGGCAUGGUGAGUGAACUUCCAUGCAGUGAGGAGGGGGCUAUUUUUUAUGGUAGUCUAGCUGUGAGACUGGGCAAGUGAAAACUGGUCAGCGCCAGUGCUCCUAAAUUUUAGUUUCCAACCCUGUUAUAGUAGCAGUUUUUUAGUAUACUAAGCAUUAGAUAGGGGCUAAAGUGACUUGAGUCAAGUCUAUUACGACCAGCACUUAUUUCAACUCUAAUAUUUCCUCAGCAACCUUGUCAGAUCCAGCAGGAUCGUAAUGUGGGAUGCCUGUGCUGUGUAUCUGGUCCACUCAAUACUAUUGUCUAUACUGACAGAGGAGGUUACUGUCCAGGAGAAUCUAUUGGUGUCUCUGCAGUCAUUAAUAAUAAUUCAAAAAAUGAGAUUAUUGGGCUGGAGAUACAACUUAUUCAACUCACUGUCUUCAUUGCUUCUGGUGGUGGGUAUAAGAACCAACAUCACACUUACGAACAAGUCUAGAACAAAUGAAAUAAAUUAAAUUAAUUAAUAGUCAACUUAAUUUGAUUUAGUACUUGUUUCAGAACUGUUUUGAAUGGCAUUCACUGUGGGAACUGGACAAUAUUGUAGUUAUAAAGGUGUGAAAUAUAUGAACCUUUUCACCAGAGUGAUUGACUGAGUUUUGAAAGGAAGUUAUAACAUUUGAGUCUGUUUUUGAUUUACUAUGGUGUGACCAUUAAAAUGAAAACUUUUGGCAGAUGAGUCCUUACUACACAAGAAAGCUUCACCCCUAGUUGGAGAAGAAAACAAUUCCUGAAAGGCUGCCUGUUCACAUUUAUUUGAUGGAGUUGAAAUCAUACUCCAAUUUGGCUGAACUGUCGAACACCCAGACAGUUUGAAGCUAUACCCCUAAAACAGUGGCUCGUGGCUACUAUGUAGCCACGUAGCCGCAUAGCCAUGCACUUAGCCGCAAGACAACUUUCAUGCUACUGUAACUCUUAUUUUGCAAACCACAUCAUGAGUCCCAUAGCCACAUAGCCACUGUUUUAGGGGUAUAGGUCAGAAGUGGCUGCAGUUACUCCCAUGAUUUUUACCUUCAUCAUCACCAUAAUCAAUUUGAUUAAUUUCUAGGAAAACAAAAACACUGGGAAGAUAAGGUUGCAUCCAUGUUUCAAGAAGGAAUGAAGCCUGGGAAAGAGACUCGCAUGCCAGUGGUACCACUUCCAGUCCCCUCUCUGCCCCCAACCAUGACGAGUUGCAGUUGCAUAAAGAUAUCAUAUUUUCUACAGGUAAUUUACCCAUUAUCUGUCCAUUUAGCUGAAUUUUUUAAAAUAUCUGAUGUUUUUUUUGUUUUGACGACUGUCGUUUGCUGCCUUGCCAACAUUUUUCCAUUAAGACAAACCAACCAUAGUUAUUCUGGUUUGAAUGACAGGACUUGCAUCUGGUGUGAAUUCAUCUGGUGAUGGAAUAUUUUUAGAAUGCAAGUUCUACUGACAAAUACUGGAAUCCAGUACCUGGAAUCCGGAAUCCACUGCGUGGAAUCCAGAAUCCAAGACUGUCUUGGAUACCGUUGCAUGGGGCGACCUGUUACUCAAAAGAAAUUUUGGCUGCUAGGAGGGGAAUACGAUAGGAUUAGGGCUCCCUCCUUCAUUCUUUUCGUUUUUUCUUUUGCCUUGAAACCUCGGCUAGCAAGGAACAAUUACGACUUUAAGUGCCGAGGUUUAUUUCAUUCAUUAGCAAACGAAUCCUGAAAAUGUUCAAAUAAGGUGAGUUGGAAUGCCAACAAAAAAAUAUUCUCCCCACUGUCUUUCAUACAUACGUACUGAGAAGUGUGCAGAGUUGAUAUAAAAUCGAGUUAAACGCCAACAGUUGUAGGUCACUUCUAUUUCGUUGCUUAUUUUCUCUUGCCACCUUUCAACAGCUGAAAGUUAGAGUGAAGGGUGCCUUCAACUCAACAUUAAACAUUCCUAUCACAAUUGGCUCAGUUCCAUAUCGGCCGCCCCUUCAUCCAGCCCAAUACCCGCCCCCAGGUGUUGCUUUGACACCUAGCGCCCCACCACUGGCGGGAUUUGACGCAGCAUCAGCGUAUCCACCAGCCGCUACACAGUAUGGUGACCCUGCGCAGAAUUAUCCAAAUAUUGGUAAGAAACAUUUUGUAUCGUGACUACUGUAGUAUUCCGAAAUUAAUCCCACCCGCCCACCCACCCUCACAAAAAUUACGGCUACCCGUAGGGUUGCACUAAACUUUCGUGUGGUUACACUAGACCAUUUCCCACAAGCGGGUUGGGCUCGCUUUGGGAUCUGAUCACUUUUAUGUUUUCGGUUACACGCCAAUAAAUUGCCCAAGGGGAAGAAAAGCUUCGACCCGGUUUUCGCGGGGUCAAUUUAUAAAAUGAAAUUAAAAAACUGGCUCCAGAACUCUCUGACCUAAGAUUUUGCUUAUGAAACAUUUCUUGUUUUGAUUUCAGCUCCUCCUUCGUACGCAGAGUGUGUUAGCGGUGGAGCGUCAAUCGAUGACGAGGGCGAUAAAAAGACGCUGGGUGAUACCAGCUUUACACCAAUGUACCCGUUUGUUAAUAACUACCAAUUUCCCUCUGCACCGCUUCCUUCAUAUCCCUAA